UAUAGGUUUGCAGCUUGGUGGAGGAUACGGCUGAUGUAUUUACACAUAUUUUCGAGUGCAAAGUUCUAAGUUUACUGGAUUUGAUUGGAUGCGGUUGAAGUUGAAGCGUAGCAUGACCAUGAAGAAUUACUUCAUGGCAUGACAUCCCACGGAUCAACCCGGGAAAGCCCCGGGAGCUUCAUAGAAUGAUGGGGGGCGGGUGGGAUGUGUUACUUUGGUCCUUUCCCUAGUCUGUCGUCCCAGUCAAAGGUGCCUUUUCCUCUCCCCCGCUGCGAGCACGCCGAGCACCCUGAUUGACGGUAGAGCACCCGGGCGACAUCAGGAUCGAGCGACGUUGCCGUUGCGGAGCCCGGAGAGGGGGCGGGAGAGAUGGCCGCGGUACGGUGUGAUUUUGGUUGGAUGGGGGCUGAAGUCGAGGCGAUCUUAGUUGUUUGAUUUUUGUAUUUUCAUCAGGAUGUCGAAGCAAGAACGGUUCUGUUUUUGUCGUUUGGAAGCGAAAGGAUUCAUGAUUAUGUGCGAUGGCUGUCGCAUUUGGUUCCACGGCCGGUGUGUAAAGAUGAGCAAGAAAUCUAGCGAAGCCAUUGAAUUCUGGUAUUGUAUGUGGUGCAACCUGUAUCGAGAUUCCGCCAAGAGUGUGAUUGAGGAGCAAGAAAAAAUACGUGAAGAUAUUCUUAAAAUUAAAGGAGAGCUAGAACAUUUGAAGGUGGCAAUUAAGAUGAAUACAGGUGGCCUUACAUCAUCAACGGAUAGUCAUGCUUCUUCAGAUCCAAGCGAACAAUCAUUAGAUCAGGAACUGAUUAUCGUGAAGAAAAAUUUAGAAAAACUUAAAGAAGAAAACCUUGUUUAUCAAAAAAAUCAUGCUGAUAUUUUAACAAGGGUGGACAGUUUGAAAAGGGAGCUAGUAUCAAAACAGAAGGAGUUAAAUAGUAUUGAAGUUAACUUUAAGAAUUACCAAGAAGAAUCACUUUCUUCCAAGAGAAGGUAUGAUUCAGACAUUUUAAACUUGAAAACAGAUAUAGCAUCUAAACAAGAAGAAUUGGAUAAAGUCAAACUUAACUUUCAGAAUUUUCAAGAAGAAAAACAACUUCUUGAGAAAAACCUCAAUGAAGAACUUGAUAAGGCUUACCGUGAAAUUAGUUCUCUAAAUGAAAGCAACAAGGAACUUGCAUCUAGUCUAGCCAUUAAAAGGAGGAAACUCUCUAAGUCCAAGUGUUGAUUUCUUGUAAAAAAUUUAAUUUUUUUAAUUCAAAGGACCUGUUUUGUUUUAGGAUAUUUCAUUUUGGAAAAUAUGAGGAAUGUGUAAAGUAAGUACACAUGUUUUAAGCCUGUAAUGUAAUUUUUAUUACUAUUUUAAAAUAUGAAUAAAGACAAAAAGUAGCAGAUCAAAAUAAAAUUAUUCCAUCCAAGUGGUAUAUUGAACAAUUAAAUACUUCUCAAAGACCUAGCAAAGUCAAAAUAAGCGAAUGGAGAAAUGUGGGUUUCUACAAUGGAAGCAGUUCAAAAAAAAAAAGUUAAGUGCUAGAUCA